AUUUUUAUUGGAGAUUCAAAAUAUUCUGUAACCAAAUGUGUUAACAUUAAGUAUUAAACAAAUUGAAAUUUAAAUGCAGUGACAUUUAUACGAAAUAAUUUUAUAUUGUCAAUAUAUUUUAAUAUAUAAGUACAUACCUCAGAACAAAGCAUUUUUUAACCAAAUAAUUAUUAAUCUGUUAUUUUAAUAAUAAAUUUAUAAGUUGUGUUAUACCGCAUAUUGGUGAUUGUUGUUUGAAAAGGAAUUGAUUUGAAAUAUUAUUACAAACUGUGUAGAGUAAGUACGCGUCAGCCUUGAAGCUUCCUUUAUAAGCCGAGGAGAAACUUUCAGUCAACAGUGGUCUCUGAAUGUUCACCAAGACACUCCAACAUACAGAAAUGAACUCGGAAACAAUUGACUUGACUCUGCGAGUUGAAGAAGAACCAUCAUCAGCCGCUUCUUCUAAAAAAUUACCUAAACUGCCAACUACUACUUUUAUCAACAAACAUUAUCAACAUCAUCAACAGCGGCUGCAGCAGCAGCCGCACCAACAACCGCAACAACCUCAACAACAACAACAGCAGCAACAAGGACAGACUCCUACUACAUCAAAUACUGAUAGAUAAUGGAUUCAUCUUUUAGUCAAGCUAUGGAAAUAGACAGUGACUAUGAAAUGGAAGUAGAUCAAGAGGAGGAGGAGGAGAAUUCGUUUUCAUCAUCAUCAUCAUCGUCAUCAGAAUUGUUUACUACUGACAAUAACGAUACGUUAAAUUUUCCAAAUUUAAAACUAAAAAAAGAUUGAUUAGAUUUAGUUUGUACUAACAAUAAAUUUGUAGAACUUAAAAACGCGU